GGCGGCGGAGGCCAACGCCGACGCCAACGGGCUCCCGGGGGUCGGGGGUCAAGGGUCGGGGGUCGGGCCGGCGCCCCGCCAGCGGGAAGGCCCCGGCGCUUUCCGUGUGCCGGCCAGGGCCGGGCGGCGGGGCCAUGGCGGCGGCGACGAUCGUGCACGACCCGUCGGAGGCGGUGGAGCUGUGCCCGCCGCAGGGGCUCUACCUGAAGCCCAUCACCAAGAUGACCAUCAGCGUGGCCCUGCCCCAGCUCAAGCAGCCGGGCAAGUCCAUCUCCAACUGGGAGGUGAUGGAGCGGCUGAAGGCCAUGGUCCAGGCCCACCAGUUCUCCACGCUGCGCAUCUCCAAGAGCACCAUGGACUUCAUCCGUUUCGAGGGCGAGGUGGAGAACAAGAGCCUGAUCCAGCCCUUCCUGGCCCGGCUGGACGGGAAGACCAUCAAGCUGAGCGGCUUCUCGGACACGCUGAAGGUGCGGGCGGCCGAGUUCAAGACGGACUUCCCCACGCGCCACGACUGGGACUCCUUCUUCCGCGACGCGGAGGACAUGAACGAGACCCUGCCCGGCGAGCGUCCGGACACGGUCCACCUGGGCGGGCUGCCCUGCAAGUGGUUCGCCCGCAAGGAGUCGGGCUCGGAGAAGCCCAGCGAGGCGGUGGUGGUGCGGGUCUUCGAGGCCUUCGGCGAGAUCCGCACGGUGGACAUCCCCAUGCUGGACCCCUACCGGGAGGAGAUGACCGGCCGCAACUUCCACACCUUCAGCUUCGGCGGCCACCUGAACUUCGAGGCCUACGUCCAGUACCGCGAGUACGCGGGCUUCGUCAGGGCCAUGAACGCCCUGCGCGGCAUGAAGCUCAUGUACAAGGGCGACGACGGCAAGGCCGUGGCCUGCAACAUCAAGGUGUCUUUUGACUCCACAAAACAUCUGAGCGAUGCGUCGAUUAAAAAACGGCAGCUGGAGAGGCGGAAGCUUCAAGAGCUGGAGCAGCAGCGAGAGGAGCAGAAACGCAAGGAGAAAGAAGCGGAAGAAAGGCAGAAGGAGGAGGAGAGGAAGCAAAAGGAACUGGAGGAACUGGAAAAAGAACGAAAACGGGAGGCCAAGCUCCGGAAGAGAGAACAGAAGCAGAAGGCCCGGGAAACGCGCCGCAACCAGAAGAAGCUGGAGAAGAUCCAGGCGGAGGAGCAGAAGAAACUCCAAGAGAAAAUCAAGCUCGAAGAAAGGAAGCUCCUCUUGGCUCAGAGGAAUCUGCAGUCCAUAAGGCUGAUUGCCGAGCUGCUGAGCAGAGCAAAGGCGGCCAAGGUGGCGGAGCAGGAGCAGAAGGAGGAGCGCGUGCGGGCCGAGCGGGAGCGGCAGGUGCAGGAGGCGGAGCUGCGGCGGGUGGAGGAGGAGAAGGAGCGCGCCCUCGGCCUCCACAGGAAGGAGCAGGAGCUCCGCCAGCGCCUCAUCCACAUCCUGCUCAGCAAGCGGGCCCGGCCCCUGCUGCCCCCGGCCGACCGCCGGCCCGAGCCCCGGGACCGGGAGGAGGAGGACCGGGAGGAGGAGGAGGAGGCCGCGGGCCGGCCGCGCGGCGCCAACAACCCCGCCCCCUCCAUCCAGGCCCUCGUGGGCCACCUGGCUCAGCUCUACCGCAGGGAGAUGAUGGCGGCGGCCGCCGCCGCCACCGCCGCCCCCUCCCCCGCCGGGGCCGGGCCCGCGGGCCCCGAGCCCCCCAGGCCCUGCCCCGGCGUCCUGGCCUGCAUCCCCGCCAACGCCCAGCCGGCCAAGGGGGCCGCCGAGGCCGCCGGGCCCCUCAAGGAGCCGCCCCCCCUCGCCCCCGCCCCCGCGCCCCCGGCCGAGCCGGGCAAGAGCCGCGACGGGAGGGCCGGCGACCGCCGCCGCCGGGAGGGGGACGAGGAGGACGAGGAGGAGGAGGACGAGAGGCGGAGGAAGGAGCGGAGGCCGCGCGGGCGAGGCCCCAGCCCCCGGCGGAGGAGCGGCAGCCGCGGCGCCCGGCGGGAGCGGACCACCCCGCGCCGGGAUCGCGCCCGGAAGACCGCCCGGCGCCGCCAGGCCCGCUCCCUCAGCAGGCACAGGAGCGCCUGGACGAGGUAG